CGGGUGUGACGCUUCGGUCCUAAACACAACGGCUCCAGGAACACAAGUCCCGCCGGUCUGGACGCGAAGUCUCGGUACCUGCUGUCACUUCGCGGACAGCUGGUUUGCUUGCCGGCUAACUGGCUCAUUUGCCUCGUAUUUAGAACUCCAUUAGGGUCUUUUUAUUUCCGUUUAAUUAGACUUUUGUUGACAUUGUCGGACGCUAGCUCGGCUAAGCUCGCUCCCCGGACUGUGUGUGUUUACUUGCUGAGAAUGUUACGUAAUGUUUCGGGAAGCUCUGGAUGUAGCCUGUUAGCUCUGGUUAGCAUUUAAGUAGUACGCGCUCGUCUGGUCCUCGGCGUUUAUUUACUGAAAAAUGGGGAUCAAAAGGAUUCAUGUCAGCAUCGCAUAUGCGACAUUCGGCGCUUUGGUGGGAAUCUCUGCGUUCCUGGUCUGGAAUAUCGCCUAUAAACAGCCGUGGACGGCCGCCAUGGGAGGCCUAGCAGGUGUGAUGGCUCUGUGGUGUCUGGUCACUCACAUCAUGUACCUGCAGGACUUCUGGAGGACUUGGCUGAAGGGUCUGAGGUUCUUCAUGGCGGUGGGUGUCGUCUUCUCCAUCACUGCUGCCACUGCCUUCAUCACCUUCCUCACUCUGGCUGUCACCCAGAAACAAUCCCUGACGGACCCUCGCAGCCUCUACCUGUCGAGUGUGUGGAGCUUCCUGACCCUGAAGUGGGCCUUCCUGUUAACUGUGUACUCACACAGAUACCGCCAGGAGUUUGCUGACAUCAGCAUCCUCAGCGACUUCUAGACCACUUUACAUAACUUGAGUCAAACAGGUCAACGUUACAUGACUCUGCAUCAACUUCAGGCGAGGAUGUUUAUUGUGCUGUGUCACGUGACCAAAUCCAUAUCCGCUGUUUAACCUUGCUACAUCAUCAGUAUUUUCUCCAGUGUCUGCAUGGCAAAGUCUCAAGCUUUUCCUCCAUAACCUUAACGCUUUAUUUACGAGGAAUUUCUUGACCACAUGAUGUGGUGCAGAUUCACUGACCAAUAGCAACAUAAAAGUUGUGAUACGGAAACAACUUUUCAUUUAAAAAUGACAUUUGCCUCUUGUUUUUUGUUUGCUGCAUUAUUGAGGGAUUAAUUUAAUCUCUGAAGUGUUUCAGCUGGAGGGCAGUUAUGAGCAGAAAAAAGGAUUUGAUUUGUUUAAAAAAAAUGGAUCAGUACUGCUAUAAGUAUACAACAAAGAGCUUUAACUAUGGCAAUAAAAUGAGGAAGUAUUAAGAGUGAUGCUCGGGCAGAUCUCCAGAACAACCAAUUCAGUUAUGGAACUUUUAUUAAUUAACCUGUCUGACACUUUUACAGAAUUAUUGUACAGACUUUCACUACUUUAAGGCUCAUGUUUGUUAUUCAACGUAAUUUGAUUCCAGAGUUGCACAAAAACACCUUUGAUUUCUGACAUAUCUUAAAGGUUUGAAUAUUGUAUUUUUUUUUUAGAAAGAGCGACCACGUCUGUUGCUGUUGUACAGUUCCUCUGUUACUCCACCAGGGGUCCCUGUUACCCAAUUGUGCGGUUUACAUUCCUUGUUAUGAUUUUAAAAAUGUGUCGGCGGAAUAUUUGCACUUUAGUCUCGGAUGGUGGCGUUUUGCACACGGACAUGCUGUUUUAAGUGUUGGACUAAUAUUUGCUCCCAGUUUGAAGGAUUUGUUUGCAUCCUGAUGAACCUUGACGUGCAUCAUGAGUUGUGUCCCUGUUGUCAAGCGACAGAAUGUAAAGUUUAAACCAAUAAAGACUAUUGUUGAAUAACAG